GAGCUGUGGUCUGUGCUGGCACCAAGGUGGUAACAGCGAGCUGUGAGACAAGGCGGGAAUGUCUCAGCCAUUCCCCAGCGGCUCUGGCUGUCUGCACCCUCUCCUGCAAAAGCACCAUCUCUGCUUACACCAGUUACAUCCUUCCCUUUCCUGGGCCUUUUACUCCUUGCAAUAAGCCUGCAAGAUCUCAGGAGAUGGGAAAUGGUUGAUCCAGGCAGAUGGAGGCCUCCUGAGCACUGUGUGAACCAGCUUCCCCAGUCUGAACUUUGGCAUGAGAUGGGAGUGGGUUCUUUGGGAGAUGCUCUUAGAUGGGAGCCAGUCAUGCAGCACAGGAUGCAAGAGCUUCCUUUGGUCCAUCAUCUCUUGACAUCUCUUCAGGAAUUAUCUGGCUGUUUUUAUCCUGUGCUUUGUAACUUGGAGUCUGGCAGCUCCCUGGAGAGGGGCCUCUUCUCUCCCUUCCCUCCUUAUGGCAAACCAACGCCUCCCUGCUGCCCUGUCCCAUUUUCCUGGGAUUAUUUGCAGAUAUCCCUGCGGUGCUCUUGCUGACUGACACUGGGGCUGUCGUUUGUCCAGUGAGCCAUUUUUGAUGAUGGGAAUAGAUGUAACCUCUUAGAGAUCAGUCUUAUAUUGAAAAUGCAAUAAUACAGAAAGCAAUUGCUCUUUUAGUCAGCCCUUGAGGGUUUCUGGCUUACAUCUGCAGGGCUUAAUGCAGCAGGGAACGUUGUCCUAAUUGAUGAGAGCUCUGUGCUGCUCCAGAACACCAAUAUGUGAUCAAUAUGAGGUAGAAAUGGAGCAGCAUUAAAUCUAUUCCUUCUCAGGACCUCCCAUGAGAAGUGGAAGAAAUAUUUCCAGCCUCAGAAAGUGAUUUCCCAGCUGGAGACUGGCAGGGCCAUGUGUCUGUGUGGGGCUCUGCAGCACUGCCUUCCCAAUCCUGUCCUGUCCCCAUGUUUCCAUUGUUAUGUCAGAUCUCUGCGCUUCAUAAAACCUGAUUCUAAGCUUGAGUCUCCCUCAUGUUUGCUGUGUAGCUGAGGCAGAAAACAGAUGAGAAAGGCGCUGGGAGCUGAAGGCUGGGGGCAUGUCUCCAGCUAUAGUGAGAAAGAGGGUCAUAAAACACCAGGGGUGUUGAUUUAAUGUGUGUUUUGCAUUUGGUGUGAGAGAAAGAAGGGAUUUUAGAUAGAUUCCUUGGCAGAACGCAGGCAGGAGAUGAUCCUUGUUCCCUUGACAGGGAUGUUUCAAGGGCAGACAGUGAUGCUGAGGACAGUGACCUUCUAAAUCUGCACUAUAAUCUCAGUAUGAGCAGCCCUGGGGCUCCACAUCACUUACUCUCAUGAGAAGCUCUGGCUCUUCGUUCUGCAGAGUGGGGGCUGCACAGUCGGGCAUCUCCCUGUCCCGUUGCUCACAAUGAUGUACCAACGCCAUGGCCCUGAUGCCUGUGGGGAUCUGGUUGUGGGCUGGGGUGAGAUGCUCUGCCAGUGCCAGGCUAUGCAUGGCAGGGCUCUUUGGGAACCUCAUCUGGGAGCAAGAGUAAUUCCCAGCAGUUGGGGCAGUGGGACCCUCAGUUGCUCCUCACAGAAGCCUGCAAAGUGCAGGAUUUCCCUGUUAAAAUGGCAUCAGCUCUUUCCUGUGUUGGUGAGAUCAUCCUGGGGUGGCCCGAGAGCCGAACAUCAUUGAUGCUAGAGGAGAGGUUUCGGAGGCUGCCUCCUCAUGACUGCAGCGUGCUGACUCCUCCAAGCCUCCAGCUUUGUAAACCUCCCCUUAGGAGCCAUGGGAGCUGUGUGGAGGAUCAAAAGGUGCUUCAGCUUGGCUGCCUCUGUUGCCUUUAGACUUAGAGUGUAAUUAGAAAUACAGUCCAUCCCCUGCACGCUGGUGCCAUCCCAGCCUGUCUGAAUUCCACAGCUAUAUUUUGUGAUUACCAGCGCUGGAGCUGCUAUUCCCGGUUCCCUGACUUCCCCAUCUGCUGUCUGCCUCACACAAUCUGAACACAAUCCCAGAGGGAGACAGGAUGCAUUUGUCACCUGGCUGAGCAUGACGGUCCGGACCCUCGAGGUCUCUACAUCCCUUAGUGGGAUGUCUUUGCUAACUAAGAGGAGUGAGGUGGAUGUAGGGGUGGCAGAGCCCAGCAUAGGCGGGUUCCUGGCUGAAAAAGAGCAAGUUCCAUGAAUAACUUCCCUUCUUGGUUAUGGUCCAGAAUGGUGUAUAUCAUUUUGAGAGGCCUGUGGGCUCAGACACCUUUGGUUUUGAUGCUGGAUACAUCCUUAAUGUUCAGCCAUCUGGUAGAGCACCUGCCUUUGCCUUGCCAAGGAGUGAAGAGCAGAUUCCUGUGGUGCUGUACCCUGAGAUUUAUCCCGACGGCGCUGGGAGAGACAGGGACUGAGUCAUCCCAGGGGGUGGAAGCGGAUCAGGAGCGAUGUCUCACUGUGUCCUGGUGGAGCGGUUCUCCUGCUCUGUGCCAUAUGGAGCCGCACGUGCCCAGGCUCCCGGAGCAGGGAUGGGGAGGGUGUGAUGUGCUGUGGCUCAACAAGCUGCUGCUCCCCUGCUCUGCUCCCCAUCCCCUCAGUUCUGGCAUGGGGGAAGGCAUGUGUGUGCCGUGCCAGCGGUGGCCCUGGCAUUGCCAUGGCCAGGCUGUGAGCCCACUCCACCCCAGCACAUGCACCACCCUUCCCAAAGUGUGGGCUGUGCUUCCCAAGCCCCAUCCAAGGCAGGCCAGGCUGCUUCUGUGUGCUCCAGUGGAAUGCUUUGCAAAGCUUGCGAAGCGCUGCAGGGAUGAAACCUGAGGAUUUUAUGACGCUCUCCUUGCGUUUCCAGGCAGGGCUCUUGGCCAAGGCAGGGCUCACUGGGCUGCAGCAAAAUAGGAUUUUUCAGGCUAACCUGUGUUUCCGGGAAUCUCCUAUCCUGGGAGAGAGGAGACCAACUCGCCCGUGUCCCUGCACAGUGCUGCAGCUCUCCGCUUUCCCUGUUCCCUGUCACUUUCCAAGUGACUUUUAAAAACUUGUUAAAAACACUGGAGUGUUUCUCAAGUCACAUUCUUGUACUUCAGAGGACACGCUGGAGAGUGCAGCAGCCUGAGAGCGUGAUGGGAACACGUUUUUCAGAGCUUUUGAUGCAGGGGGAAGGAGGGGAACUGGCCUGCGUGGGAAGGGUCCCUGGCACUGCAACACAGAGAGCUUAAAAAGAAAGAAAUCUGCAAUUUGUUUAGCUGUUUCCUCCCCAGUUUUCUCACAUUCCUGGGACUGACUCAUAAACCUGCUGCUCUGCAUUUCUGAUACUCAGCCUGAGGGCCUAAUUCAUGCGGUACUGGAUGUCUUGUAGCUCUGCAGUACUGUUGAGCACGUGGAAGAGCUCAGCGUGUGCUCUGCGCGCUGCAGGAUUCAUCUCAGGGACCCCUGAUCUGUAGGAAAGGAGAGAGCUGAUUGCUAUGGAAUUAACAACAGUUUGCACGUUUCUUGACCCUUCGGGAAGUGUCCAGAUGAGCUUUGUUCCAGGAUACUGCUCUCUGUGCUUUACCGAGGGCUUGGGCAAGUUGGUAAUGGGGAUUCAGACACGGGGGGGGGGGGGUGUAUAUCAGAUCCCCUCGGCAGGGGUAGAAAAGAUGCUGUGAAAGCUGGCCUGGAUAAUCUAUAAAUACAGCAGGGUCAGGAAACAGAUCCAUGACAUUUUACAUUAGCGGGGAGAAAACAAAAUUUCAUCCCAGGUUUUAUUCAAUAGACUGAUAAUAAACCUUCCUCCAAACGGUCCAUCGCCAUGGCAACUAGCGUGACACGCUGGGAUGGAGGCGAGUGGCGCCGUGAGGAGGGCGGGCUCCUGCCUCAGGAGCGGGCGGCAGUGAAUGGCUUCACCACGGCGCGUGGACGGGCUCCUGCCCCGGCUGGCUCCCGGCGGCACAGGUUCAGGUUGGCCCAGGGACGGCCUUGGACGCUGCAGGAGGUAUUGGAUCCAUAUCGGAGCAAAAGAGGACAUGAAAAAAGCUACUAAAAGCAGAGAGGAGAUCAGUCAAGCCGGUGGCUGAAAUACGCUAUUUUGAUUAAGCAUUCAGCAGGGCAAAUGCCAUAGGAUGACCGCUGCUGGUCCCCUCUUACUGGCUGUGAUAUCGUCUCUCCUGUGGCUCACACGGGGCUUUGACCCAGCUCCCAGCGCCUGCUCUGCUCUGGCCUCCGGUGUCCUCUACGGCUCCUUUUCUCUCAAGGACCUCUUCCCAACCAUCGCCUCCGGCUGCUCCUGGACACUGGAGAACCCCGACCCCACCAAAUACUCACUCUACCUCCGCUUCAACCGGGAGGAGCAGGUCUGCACCCACUUCUCGCCCAUGGUGCUGCCACUUGACCAUUACCUGGCCAACUAUACCUGCGAUCCCCGCGGCGAGGCCACCAGCCCCCCGCCUGCCCCCCAGCGCCCCGAGGAGGAGGAGCAGGAGGAGCAGGAGGAGGAAGCCGAGCUGGAGCUGUGCGAGGGCGCGGGGCCCUUCACCUUCCUGCACUUCGAUAAGAACUUCGUGCAGCUCUGCCUGGCGGCCGAGCCCGAGGCAGCCCCUCGACUCCUGGCCCCGCAAGCCCUGGAGUUCCGCUUCGUGGAGGUGCUGCUCAUCAACAACAACAACUCCAGCCAGUUCACCUGCAGCGUGCUGUGCCGCUGGCUGGAGGAGUGCCUGCAGGCGCCCGGCGCCCGCCGCUGCGGCUUCACGCAUGCCGGCUGCAGCUGCCAGGCUGAGCCCCCGGCGGCACCGCGGCUCAACGGCACCCGGCACGGCGCCCACGCGCCCGCUGCGCCACCCGCCACUGCCUGCUGCCCCACGGACCUGCGCUCCGGCAAUGCCAACGGCCUCGACCUGCCCGAUGUGCCGUACGGCAAUGCAGUUGAGGAGAACCAGAAGGUGAAAACCCAGUGGCCACGGUCAGCAGACGAGCCGGGUGUCUACAUGGCCCAGACAGGGGAUCCAGCAGCAGAGGAAUGGUCCCAAUGGAGCGUCUGCUCCCUGACGUGUGGGCAGGGCUCCCAGGUACGGACACGCUCCUGCGUCUCCUCGCCCUAUGGGACACUGUGCAGCGGGCUGCUCCGGGAGACACGGACCUGCAAUAACACAGCCACGUGCCCAGUUCACGGCGCAUGGGAGGAGUGGUCCCCGUGGAGCCUGUGCUCGGUGACCUGCGGGCGAGGGGCCAGGACCAGGACGCGGCGGUGCGUGGCCCCGCGGCGCGGAGGGAAAGCCUGCGAGGGCCCCAGGCUGCAGGCCAAGCCCUGCAAUAUCGCGAGCUGCCAGGUGGAAGGGCAGUGGCUGGAGUGGGGCGCCUGGAGCCGCUGCUCCGUCACCUGCGCCAACGGCACACAGCAGCGGACGCGCAAGUGCAGCGUCUCGGCACACGGCUGGGCCGAGUGCCGUGGGGCACACGCCGACGCACGGGAGUGCUCCAACCCCACCUGUCCCAGUAAGCCCACAGACAGCAAGUGGGGUCCCUGGAACCACUGGAGCCUCUGCUCCAAGACCUGUGACACGGGCUGGCAGCGGCGCUUCCGCAUGUGCGAGGGCACCGGCAUGCAGGGCUACCCCUGCGAGGGCUCCGGCGAGGAGGUGAAGACCUGCAACGAGAAGAAGUGCCCAGCCUAUCACGAGAUGUGCAAGGACGAGUACGUGAUGCUGAUGACCUGGAAGAAAACGACUGCAGGGGAGAUCAUCUACAACAAAUGUCCCCCCAAUGCCACGGGGUCUGCCAGCCGCCGGUGCCUGCUGAGCCCCCAUGGUGUUGCCUACUGGGGCGUCCCCAGCUUCGCCCGCUGCAUCUCCCAUGAGUACCGAUACUUGCAUCUCUCACUGAGGGAGCACCUGGCCAAGGGGCAGCGGGUGCUGGCAGGCGAGGGCAUGUCACAAGUGGUGCGGAGCUUGCUGGAGCUCAUGGCCCGCAAGACCUACUACAGCGGGGACCUGCUCUUCUCCGUGGAGAUCUUGCGCAACGUCACCGACACCUUCAAGAGGGCCACAUACACCCCAUCCUCUGAGGACGUGCAGCGCUUCUUCCAGGUGGUGAGUUACAUGGUGGAUGCGGAGAACCGGGACAAGUGGGAGGAUGCGCAGCAGGUCUCGCCUGGCUCCGUGCACCUCAUGAAGGUGGUGGAGGACUUCAUCCAUCUAGUGGGGGACGCGCUGAAGGCUUUCCAGAGCAACCUCAUCGUUACCGACAACCUGGUGAUCAGCAUCCAGCGGGAGCCCGUCACCGCUGUCUCCAGCGACAUCAACUUCCCUAUGAAGGGGCGCCGGGGGAUGAAGGAUUGGGCCCGCAGCUCCGAGGACAAGCUCUUCAUCCCCAGGGAGGUGCUCAGCCUCGCCUCCGCCGAAGCGGAUGAAUCGUCCCACUUCGUCAUCGGGGCCGUGCUGUUCCGCACGCUGGGGCUGAUCCUGCCCGCGCCCAGGACCCCCUUGGCCAUCACCUCCAAGGUGCUCAUGGUAACCGUGCGCCCUCCGACCAAGCCCGCUGAGCCCCUCGUCCUGGUGGAGCUGUCCCACAUCAUCAACGGAACAUCGCACCCACAGUGCGUCACCUGGGACUACUCGAGGACGGAUGCUGGCUUGGGAAACUGGGACACGGAGAGCUGCCAAACCCUGGAGACCCUCCCGGCACACACCAAGUGCCAGUGCCGCCAGCUCGCCACCUUUGCCGUCCUCGCCCAGCUGCCCAGAGACCUGGCCAUGGACUCCUUGGGCACUCCGUCUGUGCCGCUGAUGAUCGGCUGCGCUGUGUCCUGCAUGGCCCUGCUGACCCUGCUGGUGAUCUACGCCGCCUUCUGGAGGUUCAUCAAGUCAGAGCGCUCCAUCAUCCUGCUCAAUUUCUGCAUCUCCAUCCUGGCCUCCAACAUCCUCAUCCUCGUGGGGCAGUCCCAGAUGCUCAGCAAGGGUGUGUGCACCAUGACAGCCGCCUUCCUCCACUUCUUCUUCCUCUCGUCCUUCUGCUGGGUGCUAACGGAGGCCUGGCAGUCCUACCUGGCGGUGAUCGGCCGGAUCCGGACACGCCUGGUCAGGAAACGCUUCCUGUGCUUGGGAUGGGGGUUGCCAGCCCUCGUGGUCGCAGUCUCUGUUGGCUUCACACGGACCAAAGGCUAUGGGACAGCAAGCUACUGCUGGCUCUCACUGGAGGGCGGUUUGCUCUACGCCUUCGUGGGACCCGCUGCUGUCAUCGUGCUGGUGAACAUGCUGGUGGGCAUCAUCGUGUUCAACAAGCUCAUGUCCCGCGAUGGCAUUUCAGAUAAGUCCAAAAAGCAGCGAGCUGGCUCCAAGCCCCCACCCUGCGGCAACCUGCUGCUGAAAUGCACCAAGUGCGGCGUGGUGUCCAGCGCGGCCAUGACCUCCGCCACCGCCAGCAGUGCCAUGGCAUCGCUGUGGAGCUCCUGCGUGGUCCUGCCUCUGCUGGCGCUGACCUGGAUGUCGGCCGUGCUCGCCAUGACCGACCGGCGCUCCAUCCUCUUCCAGGUCCUCUUUGCCGUCUUCAACUCCGUCCAGGGCUUCGUCAUCAUCACCGUGCACGGGUUCCUGCGCCGAGAGGUCCAGGACGUGGUGAAGUGUCAGAUGGGGGGGUGCAGGAGCGAGGAGAAUGAAAACUCGCCCGACUCCUGCAAGAACGGGCAGGUUCAGAUCCUGACAGACUUUGAAAAGGACGUUGACCUGGCGUGUCAGACAGUGCUUUUCAAGGAGGUGAAUACCUGCAAUCCUGCCACCAUCACGGGCACCUUAUCCCGCAUCUCCCUGGAUGGGGAUGAAGACCCCAAGCUCAACACCACCUCGGAGGGUGGCCUGGGCUUCUCCAGCCUGCCAGGGAACAUCCCUCCCUCCAGCAUCCUGGUCCAGGUCCCCAAGAUGACACCAAACGUGGUGGCGGGCUUGGGCGAGCUGGGGGACCCCCCGGCGCAGCAGCUUGGUCUGGAGGCACCGGGCCCCGUGUACCUGUGCACGGAGAGCAGCCUGCGGCCACUGGAGUAUGGGUGGCUGCGGGCCCCUGAACCCCCCCGCGAGAGUGACUACAUGAUGCUGCCACGUCGCACUGGCAGCCUCAAGCCUUUCCCACGGGAUGAGAGCACCGACGAAGGGGUGCCUGGCGGGACGGGGCGCCCGGCAGCCGAGGGUGAUGCCUACCCCGGCUUCGUCGCAGUGGAUCAUGUCAACGUGAACUUGAGCCAGCCCUACGGCACAGUGAAGGCUCCCUACAGCCUCCAGUUCAAACAGCAUCCCACUGUGCGGCAGAUCCUGGCCUCGGAGCUGUCGGAGCGCAGCCGCACCAUGCCCCGCACCGUGCCCGGCUCUGCCAUGAAAGUGGGGUCCCUGGAGAGGAAGAGGUUGCGAUACUCAGAUCUGGACUUUGAGAAGGUGAUGCACACACGGAAGCGCCACUCCGAGCUCUACCACGAGCUCAACCAGAAGUUUCACACACUGGACCGGUACCGAGCCCCGGCUGCCGGCUCCUCCAAGCGAGAAAAGCGGUGGAGCGUCUCGUCGGGUGGCGGGGAGAAGAGCAUGGCCAGCGAUGCGGCCAACCCCAAGGAGCAGCAGCUCCAGGCGCCGGCUGCGCCGCCAAAGCCAUGGAGCACGUUCAAGGCGAUGACGCUGGGCUCCCUGCCCAGUGCCCAGUGGGACCGGCUGGAGCUGAGAUGUGCAGACUGGGAGGGCCCCUGCGCCGGCCUGGAUGUGGCUGAUGGUGACUUCCAGACCGAGGUGUGAGCCCCGCGCCCGUCACCAGCGCCUUGGACCAGCCGAGAUGCUGCGUUUGCUCCAUCCUCGGCGGCAGCCGGGGGCCCCUUGCGUGGCUGGAGCCAUUCCCAUGGGACACACUGUGCUCCACCCCCAGCCGUGGCCGCCUCCCGCUCGUCCUUUACAUGGUUUCUCCUCCCUGCCACCCUCCAAAUACGGGUGCGGAGGGGACACGUGCACCCCCCCGCCCAUGCUCACCCCACCGCUCACGCCUGCACCCCCCAGGGCAGGACCGGCCAUCGAGGCCGUCGGAUCUUCAUUUCUUUUGUACCAGGAUGUUUCUUCACGUCGUGCACCGUGUGCACGCGAGCGGCUGCCCCCCGGCGCCCCGUCCCAGCCCUCCCCACCGUCCCCCCCCCACGGGGAAGGUGCUGUCGUUGUUGGAAAUAAAAGUUCACUCUCUGUGGUGC